AGAGCGAACGUGUCGCGUUGUUCCCCGUCGCCGUAUCGGGCCCAUGUGUGAAUUUUCGGCAUGUUGAUGUCGUGAAUGGACAAGAUGGACUUUCAGAGUGCUAUGGAGACGUUUGCUGAGGCAUGGGCUGCGGCCAACACAGCCAAGUCGGAGGUUCCGAGCGAUCUUUCACAGGGCCUUUCAUCAGACCUGAGACGCAGUAAGACUCCUCCUCGACGUUCACCGGAGGAGCGCGCGGUGCCCCGUCCGCCUUCCGCUCCCGUGCACCAUGACCGUCCGUCACACACGCCCCACACGCCGCACACCCCUCACCUGUCACCCAAGAAAGAAGUCUUCAACAACUUGCUCAACAAGACCAUAUCGGGUAAAACCCUGCCAGUGCACUGCGUGGUUGAAGCUGUAGCCUCAAUCGAGGAAGGUGCAUGGAGAAGAAGGGCAGUCGUAGAAACUGACAGCUACGUCAUCAUUCCUGCAGCGACCGCCUUCCACGAACUAGUGCCAGCUGCUAUGAUGAGGCUGGGAUAUCCUCAUGAGCUAGCUGCUUCUGCUAAAGGUUCAGUGGUAAUAAACAACUGGAAACCUCUACCCUUCGAGCGGAUAUCUGAUGGUCCGUUAGCAACAGUGGGGGAAGUACUUGGUGAGCUGACGACCGUGGCUACGUUGAGAAUCCAGCUGUUGAGACCUAGACUCACUCCUUUGCAGGACAUCAAGGACAAACUUUUGAGACUUUUGCUGGUUCAAAGCAGACCGUUGCUGAUCUCGACCGGAUGUCCUUUGGAUGAGGUUACCCUAGCCCAGAUUUGUCGGGGACAAGAUAGAACUCCAGGUCCUCACAACUUUCAUGAGCCAACGGAGGAAACUCGUCGCAAGUUUGAAUCCUGGUGGAGUGCUCAAGUGUCGCCGCGUCCUCCUCCACCAUUUAGCCCACGACGCUACCCAUCGCCUAGUCCAAAAAACCGUUCACCUACUCUAAACUCACUCCCGGAUCAUUUGCAUCCGGCUCUACAAACUGUACAAACUCAAUAUCCUACACAGAAAACACGCAUGAGAACUAGUUUUGAUCCAGAAUUAGAAUUGCCAAAGUUACAACGUUGGUUUUCUGAAAAUCAGCACCCGAGUAGACAACAAAUCCAACAGUAUGUUCGAGAAUUGAAUAAUUUAGAAUCAAGACGAGGGCGUAAACCUCUUGACGUCAACAAUGUUGUUUAUUGGUUCAAAAAUGCAAGAGCAGCUCAAAAGCGAGCAGAACUGCGCAGUAUUGGUGGUUUAGGAGCUCACCUUGGAGUUAAUGGGUUUAACAGCAGAAGUCAUAGUCCAACUAAUGGGUCCCUUAUGGCUGGCAAUGAUAAUUAUAUUUCUCAUGAUCAUAACUCUAUGAAAAGUCCCAUGCAACUCUCUGGAAGUCCUGGCAGAUAUCCGAUGUCAGUGAUGUCCGAAGACAACUUGUCAAAUCCUGGAUCUGAUAUGGAAGACGAUGGUGGAGAUAUAAACCCAGAUGAUAGACCUGAGAGUCCAGAUGCACCACUUUCUCUUAUAACCACCAGGAAAAAUAAUAAUGAUCAAGAAAGAGAUGAAAAUGUGAAGGAAUCUCCAAAACCACCAGAUAUAAUAAAGGUUCAUGACAUCAAACAGGAGCCAAGAGAUCUGAGUAAAUCAGAACAAAUGCCCUCGCCGCAGCGAUCUCCAACAAAGAAUAGUGAUAGUUCACAUAACAACAAUAAUAACAACACUGAAGAAGAGAACGGAGGAGGAGAAGAUCAUGAUAUUCCUUCCGAUGAUGAGAUGGUACAUGAACGUCAUUACCGACCUUCUUCACCACACCUUGAUCGCUUACCAUUCCCUAUGGUACCAAAUCACCCAAUGUUUGGUCAUGGUAUAAUGUACAUGAGUCAAUAUAUGAGUGGAUUUCCCGGAGUAGGCCCUGUUCCAGGAGAAGGUGCCAGUGGACUGAAUCUAGCCCUCGCUGGAGCAUCCGAUGAGCGUCGCAAACGCAAUCGCACCUUCAUUGAUCCAGUUUCCGAGGUUCCAGUCUUGGAACAAUGGUUUUCGAUGAAUACCCACCCAUCGCACAAUCUUAUUCUGAAAUACACGGAAGAACUAAACAGGAUGCCGUACCGCCAAAAAUUUCCCCGCCUCGAGUCAAAAAACGUGCAGUUCUGGUUCAAAAACCGCCGAGCCAAAUGUAAGAGAUUAAAGAUGUCCUUGUAUGAACCAACCUCACCUGGUCAUUACACACAUCCUGGCCAUCCACAUGCCAUUGAAAGGAAAAUGGUUUAAAUAAUUUGCAUAGCAGCUCCGUUGUAAAUAAAUGCAUUGAUGAGGGAUGAACAUUUGUGAUUAAAAGAUUGUCUUCGUGAAGUCAGAAUUUUUUAAUACGAAAGACUGAAUAAGAAUCGUUUAUGGUAUAAAGUGCCAUGUUAGUGUUAGAAAUGGCGGCAAAGUGGCGUCUAAUAAGGAUGUACUUUUUGAACGGUAUAAUGUAAAUUCGUAUACACCAGUAUACAUUUUCAACUAAAGAUAUUUUAAAGCAGUAUAAAGUAACGUUAAGUUUCUAUUAUAACGUACGAGUAUGUAUCGCUUCGAAUAGACAUGUCACAAUAUUGUAGAUGAAUCUCAAAAUUUAGUACUUCUGUUUUGUACAUUAUUAGUAUUAGUUUUAUUUAUUAAUAUAGUGUUAAUGAAUUACUGUAAAUUUUAGCGAAACA